AUGGUACGAUCACGCAAGGCGAAGCGUGACUCUAAUGUUCUCGCCGGAAUUGGGACAAGACCCUCACGCAAAAGACAAGGAGAUACCCCACCCCGAAAACCUCCUGUAAUUCCUAAAUCAAUUUCCGACGCACUUGGCAUUGGCCAAAGUGGUACGAAUGACCAGCCAAUUCCACAGCACCAUUACGAUGAUUUUGAUUUGUUCAAUGAUCCAGCAGCAGCCGAAUUUAUACCUCAUCGUGACGAACCUGAAGCCAAUCCUCCUUCGAUUCCUAUUCUUGGUACAAAAUUCGCUCAAGAAAGCCGUGAGUACUGGAAUGCGGAGGAACGGCGACUUGAAAAACUCAAAUGGGCCGCCAUAGAAUCAGAUAUGACCGCAACCUACCUUGAAUGUCAGCAUUGUACAAAGAACUGGACUUCUCAAGCCUCUUACCUCGAUAUCAAUAUCAUUUGUCAAUGUACCAAUACCAAACUUGUCAAACAAACGGUUGACCUCUAUGCUCAAUCAAAAGUUCAUUUUCAAGCCAAAAUCAUAUUCUGUUCAUGUAUGCCUAGACCAGUACGGCUCCUACACUACGGGUAUAUCGCGAGCUCACCUCAAUUUCCAAAGACAGCAUUCUCAAUCCCACUCUUACAAUUUCAUCAUCACCUGUGGAACGAGACUGUUGUAGCCAGCACAGGAUUUGUCAAUGCAUUAUUUAGAUUUCUCAAAUCACGAAGCGAUAGAAGCAAUACCAAUAUGAAACCCAAAAACACCAAAUACGAGUCUCUUAUUCACGAUCGAGAUCUGAGAAAGCAAUUUACACAAUCAGUUGAUAUGCAUCAAGCUAUAAUUCUCUGCACUAAACGGAUUUAUAAGGAAGGCCUGAAGCUUUCCAACGCUCAGCUUUUGGCGGACCAAUGUGCACGUUGUUUUGGUCCAGCCAUCAAUGAAACAAAGAUCUCACCUCAAGAGCCAGAUGUUAUAAUUGCCUUAGACGGUAAUUUUCAACAUCGUCACUAUACCCGAUCUAGCAAGGAUAAUCCAACAGAAGAAGAGUAUCCUGAUAUUUUUAUUAAGCCCUCGUGUAUGAAGAAGAAUGAAAUUAUACAGAAUUUGACUGAAACUCAAGUCAAGGAUAUAAAGAUCACAUGUAUGUCAACAGCCAAAUGGCUCUUACGCAGGCUACGGAAUGCUCAAACAGUAUCUUGUCAAGCUAGAACAGCUCUUACCAACUUAUUGAGCAGACGAAGUUCCCUUUUUCCUACAAUCCGAUACACCCACGAUUUUCUGCGUCAACAGUGGCUUGUUGAGCGCAAUUCUCAACAGAAGAGGUGCCAUAUAAAAGAAGAACAAAAAUUGGAACUAGGCCGAUUAUUAUAUUACGAGGAGAUGGCUCAGAAUGUGUGGGAUCAAGAUGCGGAAGAUGCUGAAGAAGCGAUUCUUAGGUUACGAGAACAUAAUACUUACAAAAAGAAAAUUGAAAAACAGUGUGCAAAGAUUGGUUCCGAAGUGAUUCUCAACAAUCUGGAAGCUCACGAACAAGACCAGAUCUUGAAGAUCUGGUUCACUAAACAAGAGGUCCGUGAUCAGUUUCUGGCAAUUUGCGAACAGAAACGUCCAUUGGAUAUAAGCCGACGCGAUGGGAGAAAUUCAAGUAUCGGCUACAACGACAAGACACCUCUACUCAAGACACUUCGCGAUCAGGCAGCUAAAUUGAAAACAAAACUAGAAAAUUAUCAGAAGAUGUUAAGUACAUAUUCAAUCACAUCUCCACAUCGAUCUCAACCAGAAAACAUCACCUACCCUGAAUUGUUAAAAAUCGACUUUGAUCACACAUUCUGGAACGAUGGCUUGUUCACCAACAGACGGGAACCUUGGGCAAUCGAUGGUGACACACAGUAUGGGAUGCAACAAAUUGCCUACUUUGAUCGGGCUAGUGAAGAAAUUCGCCGAAUCGGAUGGGAAGUCAGGAGAGUAAUGAGGUGGGCAAUAGACUUGCACAACUCUCUCUAUAGUUAUUUGUUUCAACUUCAAUCACAGAAUAAUGAGGUGGAACUUCGAAUGGACCUUUGCUUGGUCCAACAUCCAGCUCUAAGUUCACUCAGUGGACCAGGUAAGAUUUCAGCGGCACAAGUGAUCAUCAAUGAGAAGCUUGUACACGUUUUAAAUUUGCAAGUGCUGUGGAAUUCAAAUCUGAUCGAGGUGUUUCAAAGCACACCACCUCAAGAUGGCGAUGGUGAUCUCAAAAUCAUUUGGUGUGAUCAGGUUCGGAAAAUAAAACAUAUGUAUUCAAAUCGUGCGAUCGAAUUGAACCCAGGUAUUAUCAGUAAUUUGAACAAUGAUGCUAAUCAGAUGGAGAUUCAAGAUGCUGAUGAUGUACUACCGGAUGAGCUAGGACCAGAGGUAGUUAUAAAUAUUCAUGAUGACUUAGAUGAAAGCAAUGGAGAAAUUCAUUUGGAAGAGGAGGAUGUUUAUGAGGCGCUCAAUGUUUUUUCUGAUUUGUCUGUUACCUGA